UUGCCAAAAUAAGCAGCAAGACGUCAACAAUAUUUUGAGGUUAGGCGUCUCGUUUUGGUUUUUCGAACGUUUCUGUUUUGUCGUGUAUUAUGUAGAGUAUUGUUUUAUAAAAAUGAGUUCGGCUAUCAAUGAUGCCGAGGAACCAUCGAGCACGACUCCUGAAGACAAUGCUGCGACCAAGAGUGAGGUCGAAAACUCGACUACGGACGAUGUACGUCCACCCGCCAAGCGGCGUCUUUCUAGCACAGUUAUUGAGAUAUCUGAUACUGAAAGUGACGACUCUGAUGUUUGUGCUGUGAAUUCAUAUCAAGCAUCUGCUGAUGAAGUUAAAAGAAUACGCGGAGAUUAUUCUUCAUCAUCAUCAUCGUCAUCUGACUAUAGUUCGGACUCUGAGUGUGAAGAUGACUCGAUUGUCUUGGAGGACAAGAUCAUAAGUAAAUCAAUGCAGCUACAACGUAACCCUAGAGCAAAUAGAAUGGAAGAUCCCAAAUUUAAUAUUUUAAUUACAUCUCAAGAAAUUAUAGAUGAGUUAUCGACAAGUUGGAAAGAGUUGAAGAAUCACACAAGCUCAAAUGUGACAAUCACAUGUAACCCAUUUAGAUUGUGUCAGAUACACAAAUUUCUGAUGAAUCCUGACAUUAUAAAUAAUAUUGUGGAUGAUAUAAACACAUUAGAUUGGACUAGGAAAAAGAUGGAUUUGUAUGAGUUCCACCAGACUACAGACCUGGCUAGCUUGAGCUGGCAGAGGAGUAUUCGAGGGAUAUAUGAUCUACUGAAGACUGAUGUUAUGAAUUGGGUAUCAAAGGUAACAGGCUUAGAGCUGACGUCAGUAUCAGCAUCAUGUUCACUUUAUGGUCCGGGGGAUCAUUUGCUCGUUCACGACGACUUGCUUGGAGAUCGAAGAGUGGCUUUCAUCUUCUAUCUUGCGCCCUGGACACUGCCACGGCAAGCAGUUGAGAAUGGAGGAGGGGAUCAUAAUAUACAGGUUGAUGAUCAGUGUGGAGGCUGGAAAGAAGAAAUGGGUGGAGCCCUAGAACUUUUCGCUAAGGAUGAGGAAGGUCGGCCUACAGAGGUGGUGCACCGAAUAUACCCUAAGAACAAUAUGUUAGCUUUCUUCAAAGUCGGUGUUGAUUCAUACCACCAAGUAAGCGAGGUCCUGUCGUUGGAGCUGCCCCGCCUGUCCAUCAACGGCUGGUUCCACGGACCGGAGCCGGGCCCCCCGCCCCCCGCCGCGCCGCCCGCCCCCGCGCCGCCCUACCUGCCCCCCACACCCCCGCAUUCGGAAGUCGUGCUAUUGAACCAGUGGGUGGAGGGCAGCUACCUGUCGGCCCGCAGCCGCGCGCAGGUGCAGGCGCAGAUGGAGCGGGAGAGCGAGGUGUGUCUGCACGCGCUGCUGCUGGACCACAAGUACCGGCAGCUGCUGGAGGCGCUGCGCGACCCGGCCGUGCCGUGGGAGCCGUGCGGCCCGUCCAACCUGCGCCGCUACUCGCGCGUGCCCCCCGACUGGCUGCAAGCCCAGGACAAGCAGCACCCCAUCCGGGAGCUGGUCCAGUUGAUCACCAGCAACGUGUUCUUCAGGCUGCUCACGGACUGCACGGACCUGGGGCUGGCCACCUGCGAGAAGCUGGAGGUGCAGCAGUGGACGGCCGGCUGCUUCACCCUGCUGCCGCCCCGCGAGCAGUACCAGCAGGCGCGCCUGGAGGCCGUGCUGUACGUGGGCGCGCCGGCCCGGGGCUGCGCCCCCACGCACUACCUGGCGCCCGAGGAGGCGGGCGGCGCGGAGCCCGGCGCGCUGGUGUCGCUGCCGCCGGCCAACAACGCGCUCAACCUCGUGUACUGCGACGCCGGCGCCGCCUCCUUCACCAAGUACCUCGGCCGCAUGGCCAUGAGGGACCGCGCGCCCUUCUACAUCGUCACUUGCAUGUACAAGGAGUGACGCGCCCACGUCGGCGCCUUCAUCAAACCGUUCGUAUCGAUACGACAAUGAAGCUCACCACACUCUCAAAGAGAUGAAUACUCUGAAAUAGCAGCACUAGAUGCCGUUGGUGCGGUCCUCGCGCCGCACGUGCGCACGCUACUGUUGAUACUAAUCUCAUCCGCACUCGCCGCAGAAACGGUCGAGACCGGCACAGCUGAUGCCCAUGGACUGCUGUCAUCAUAUUCAGUAUGUGGCGGCGCGGGGGGCACGUCUCGGACGAUAAAAUAGUCUACUAUAAUACAAUAGCUCAGUAAAGUACUCGCAUAACCCGAGUCAUGAGUUCCCAGCCCGGGGGUCCCCCGGCUGACGUCACCAGCGCCCUCUGUACUGGGAACCUAUGCGACGUGUGUACAUUACACAUAUUCAUUUAUGUGACUAAUGGACGUCUAUAGUCUUAAUAACGAGCUAAGCCCAUAGUCAAUGGUAGGUCAGCGGUCAACAUCGCCCGCGGACAUCAUCGACGUGAGGAUCACAGCACAGUCCGCUCCUCUCACUGGGAACUCAUCAAACACGCCACACGACGAAGGAUAAUAAAAUUAAAACAUUCUGAAUAAAAAUUGUGAUUAUAAACUGUGUGAUUGUGCAGAUAUAUAUUUUUGUAAAGACGCGCGAUCCUAGUCGCGUACUUCAAUGUCGACAAACGAAAUCGGAAUUGCCUUAAAUAUUUAGAAAGUUUUAAACACAAUGUUACAUCAGCCGAGGGCGGUGGCGGCGGUGGAGGGCCAUACUUCACAGAUAGAUUACUCUAAAAUAUAAUUGAAGGGAUUAAACAAGAACAGUGUGCUUAGUGCGAGUUAACGUUCUCGAUAGCGUAAAAGUCAGCUCGUAUUUGUAUGGAAUGGGAUCGUUUGCGUACGUUUGCCGCUAGGGGCGCUGUUCCAACUGCAUACAAAAUUGGGUUAACUUUACGCUAUCGAUGACGUUAAGAAACUCGCACUAAUCAUACAGUUCACUGGAGGUCGUCCCGCACCAAUUAACGUUAGUACUACUAAUAAUUGUACACAUAUAUAUGUAUAUAGACAACAGGGAAGUUGCACUUUUUCAGCACUAUUGGUGAAUGAAAUUAUACAAUUACAAAAAUGUAUUUUAUCAUGUGUAAUUGAACCCAAUAGUACAUAUGAGCUCGAUUCUUGACACACAAACUUCGUUAUGCGCUCAAAGAUUCCAAAAUUGGCUCAAAUUGCAGGCGUUGUAUCGACGGGAAUAUAGUAUUAACAAAAAAUAAAAACUAAAAAGUGUCUUGUGCAAUGCAAUGGUAACCGGCAACCACUUAACGCUAUGUGGGCUCGUCUGCCCACUUAUGACACUGAGCGGUAAUUUUACGCCGCCGCCGCUCGCCUAUAGAAAUAAAGCUAAAAAAUUUAAACGGACGAUAGAAUAUAUUUUUCUAAAAACAAUAAUCAAUAAUUUAAAUAGAAACACAAUAUUUUCUUUUGCACAUUUACUUCUUGACAUUCUUAUUACAAUAGACGAAAGAGAAUGUGAGUGUUUACAUACUUUGUAUUAAAUCGAAGAGCCUCAAGCAUCUAGGUUACGGAUGAUCGAUAUUAGAAAAAAAUCGAUGUUAACAUCGAUUAUCGAAAAGUAUCGAUGUACGAUAAACAUUGAUGUCUAAAAGCAUCGAUGUUUUUGGUAGGAAAUUAAACUGUCUAUUUUAUUUAUUAUACAUGUUUAUUAUUAGUUAAAACUACGUUUUACGGAUUAUAAGCGGGCGUUCAAUUAUUGGGCUUGACUCCGACAUCACACUUCACAAUUUACAUUUUCUUAAUUUUACACACGUUUAUGUAGUACGGCUUACACCGAUUACGUUAAUCAGUGUCAUCUAGGGAGUCGCUAGCUAGAAAGUACAUCCACCGUUAGAUGGUCCUAAAAGAGAUAUGGACUAUUCGAUAAUUCGAUAUUUUUUAGUCAUAACAUCGUUGUGUCGAUGUUAUGACUAAAAAAUAAAACAAAACAAAACAAAAAAAUCGAUGUUUUUUAGCUAAUCAUGACAUCGAUGUUUAUUUAAUAUCGAUGAAUAUUGACCAUCCCUAAUCUAGGUAGGUAAGCAUGCAGGUCGCCGCGCAGGAAAGCCGAAAACAAUACUCGAACCCGGACCGGUAGCGAGGUAUUAACAUCAAUCGACAAUUUUCAUUUACUUUAAGUCAAAAUAUUUUUUUAAAAGUCAUAUCUAAACGCAAUGUAAUAUCCACCUCUACUCGAGGGUCAUUGAACUUGCGCGGCACUUGUUUUUUUAAGUUACAUUGCGUGCUGUGAAGUAGAAAUUUGUUUGUAAUUUUAUUAGCCUGUCUUCUGCUCCAUUUCGGUUAAUAAUUGCCUUACACAGCCUAUUUAUUUAUUAAUAGUAUUUGGCCAAGAGUUUUGAUAUUUUUCUUGUAAAGGUGGGAAAAUAAAGCAGUUUCGAUUUUUUUGUACUGGUAACACAGGCUGAAGCUCGUCAAUAGUUACCGAACAAAAAAGAAAGAAAAUACAUUGACAAAAUGCAGAGAAAAUAAUAUUUAAUUAUCUUCGUUUUUACCUAUUUAUAUACGGAUUGGUUACUACAUAGUCAAUAUAGAUAUAAUAUUUUUAUAUAUUUAUAAACGAACAAAGCUGUUUAUAAAAAACUACUGUAUUCUUAUGGUUGCAUCGACACUGCCGCUGCAAGUAAUAUCUCAAUAACUUUUAACACAAACAAACACCAGUCGCGUAAGGUUGUGUUAUAUGUAAUUCCGUUUCUUGGUGUAAGUAGUUUAUUUUCCUUAGUACAACCCUAGGCCCGGACACUAACUUAUAAUUUCAAUUUGUUUUAAAGCAUUUAAAAGCUUUGAAGAGAAAAAUGAAAUGAAUUUCAAUCGUCAUUUAAUUUCUGUAAAGUUAAAAUAAAAUAUUAAUUUAAUUUUUUUUUAUAUUAUAGGUUAAAUGAAAUAAGUUUAAAUUUAAUGAUGGAAUAAUUAGCGUAAGCCUUUACGUUUGUUUUUGCUGUUUAUUUUUAAAAAAUGUCAACAAAAAAACUAAUCUAUGUAUAGAUUAGUAUUAUAUUUUGUAAAUAUUGUGAUAAUUUAAAAAAUAAUAUAAUGAUUGGAUAUGUAUGUAUAA